AAUGAUUAUAUAGACAUUUUCGUACGGGAAAGUCGUGUUCCAAACUUGAGCCCUUUAAUUUGGCUGUACUGCCGUGACCCAAGACACAGUUAUUGUUACACCGUGCACGAUUGGUUGCUUAGCGCCGUUGGCGGGGUACUUCAUUAAGAAACUUCGUUGAGUUUCGAUACAAACUGAAUACACCUCAAUUGCUUUCACGCCCAUCGACCAAUGAGGGAACAGUCAGGCCACCACUGUGAAGUUCGGCUACUAAUGCCCGCCCCCAUCCGUUCUCCCAGGACCGUUUACUAGGCGCUGUGAACAGAGGCAGCUGGUUCGCCGUCUAGAUUCCCACAACUAAAAGUCUAGCUCCCACAACUUGAGGACAUACACCCACUUGGAAUUAAUCACCAGAACCCAGAAUUGUAUGUCUCAUCCUUCACAAGGCCCCCUCUCGCCGAAGAACGAAACAAUGAUACCCCUUUUACUGAUUUGUUUGGUGUGGAGCCAUCUUCUGUCGCCGGUCAUAGCAUCUUGCCGAGAUGGGGGUCAGUUUGGGGGACCCCUCUGCUGCCAGGGUAAGGAUAUCAAUUGCGUGGCAGAGGGGUAUAGAGUCAACUCGCCCUACUACCACGAGACCUGCUUUUGCGACAAGGCGUGCGUGGAUAACGGGGACUGCUGCUCCGAUUACGAAUCGGCCUGUCCGGCUGUGGAUUGCGAGGUCUCCUCGUGGAGUUAUUGGAGCGGCUGCAGUGUGUUGUGUGGCAUCGGCGUCAGCGAGCGGAGGCGCUACAAGAUUAAGGACCCUGAGAAUGCAGGGGAGCAGUGUCCCCCGUUUCGACAAAUGAGGGCCUGCCUAGCAAGUUUCUGUGAAUCUAACGAGAUCCCUGCUAAUGGUAUCGCACUCGUCCUUCCAUACUCCUACAAUGCAAGAAGGGACGAUCCAGAUUUGAAUCUCAUGAAGAAUUUUCUCAUUAGUCUGGGCCAAUACAAACCCUUUGACAGUUACUGCGUUUACUUCAAGGUGACAGGGAGGAACAAGAGCUGUCGCUCGAACCGAAGUAGCGUGUGGGCAAACUUUAAAAAAGGUACGCUAGUGUGCGUGGAAUGUAACCAACCAGCCUUUAAUGAUGAGGGACGGUGUCGCGGAGAAGGCGAGGAAGGGAAGAGGACCCGCUGGUCCUCGGUGGAUCAACCUAAAUGCCGGGGUCGUUGGGUUCAGACAUCGGUACAGGCCAAGUGCAAGUGCAAUACGGGCUCGGAUUUAAUAUUUGUUUGAACCUCAAAAUCUCCCAGUUGGGCCCACUGAGACAGUUCGGUACUAUUCUAACUGUGCAUGCCAAAAUUUGAAGCGCGUCCGAGGUCAUUAGGGAACAGCAAUACGCGCGCGUCACCAGCGAGGCCAUACGCCAACCGAUGUGCGUACUUUGUUCUCCAAUGGCCAGGGCUUAUUGAAAUACCCAACUGGCUCAUUUCACAGGGCUGCACAGCAGCAAAUGUCGCCAAACAAUCUUCUGUGCUCAGAAAUGAAUAUGCCAGGAGUCAGUCACAUGAGAUGCACAUGCUAUUGUAUCUUGGUUGGUAAUCUGCCUUAGCUAUCAAAAUGUUUUCUUUGAUUGGCAAAAUUUUGUACUGCUCUGUGAAACAAGCCAUCCAUUGGGGGAAUUCACCAUGAAAUUGCUGCUCAGUAGUGUGUUCUUUGGAAGAUAAAAGGUCCAUCCAAUGUAUUCCUUAUAAUACAGUCUGUCAAAGUGCAUUUUGUUUCUCAUUUAAAUUAUCCUCAUUCAAAAUUUUCACUUUUGCUUUAAGGCGUUUUGGUGCCAUGUAGUUUUUUUACCCAAAUCACAGAUUUGCAUAUUCAUUGGCAACAGUGUAUUAUGACAUUCAAUGAAGACACGCAAGAUUGGCCACAUCUUGAAUAUUUUGCCGUCUUAAAUUUUGUUUUUGGUGACUCGUUUUUGUUUCAUUACACGACAGAAGGCCAAUAAGCAAAGUUUUUUGACAAAUUUGGGGUUCCCAGUAGAGACGUAUCUGGGGUACCAUUUGCAGGGGGCACUUGGGGGAGGGGAUCUCAUUUCUGGAGGGGGCGCUCAAUGGGUUUAGCUACACUUCAUACACUGAAGCACACCAUCACCUCUACUGGGGGGGGGGCAAAGGCCUCGAGUCAGGGGGAGGGGGCCGAUGCCCCAUAGUUACGCCACUGGUUCCUAAUUUAAACAGGAAACCCCCUAAUAAACACAUUCCUUCAAUGACAACACUGCAACAGUGCCCUCAUCGGUCAAGAAAGCAUGGAAAAUGUUUAAAAGGGUAAUUUUCAAUAAAACGUCAAUCCAAAGGGCCUCUCAAACAGCAUUCAAAGAGGAAAAAUUGCAAAAACAAACCCAAAAUACAGUUCAUGUUAUAUAAACCUUUAAAGCUUUCUUAACUUG